UACCUCCGUACGAUAAUAAUGAUAUGAAAUGAAAUGAAUUGAAAUAAAUGAAAUAAAUGAUCGGGUAGCCAAAUGCCUCAUUAUUAGAUGUUGGUUAUGCUGUUUCUGGUCCAAUUACCCUCUAGUCUUAUCUAAAUUCCCAUCUCAACUCCUACCGCUCGCAGGCUUCCAAGCUCGAAAGCUCCUCGUACUCGCGGUCGCAUGCCCCAAUGCGCCGCAAAUGGCGUCCCGAAACACUCAGCAGGUGUUUCCUAAGACAGCAUCAGAUGAGCAUUUAAAUGAACAUUUAAACGCGCAUCCUAGUUCGAGCUCUUCGAGCACUGCUUCUGCAGAGGUGAAGGGCGCGCAUAUGACGCCGGAUUUUGACUCGGAUGACCUUGAUGAUGGUAGUGGUGAUGGUGAUUCGGAUUUAGAUUUGCUUAUGGGUAGUAUGGGCAUGGGUAUGGGUACGAGAGGGGGUGAUGGACAGAGGGGGAGUUAUAAGAUGCAGAGAUGGGAACCGGUGGUGAAGAAGAAGAGGGAGAAGGAGAAACCUAAAAAGGGGAACAAAAAUGGUGAAGAUUUAAAUCUCGAUAUGGAUUCGUUUGAGGAGAAUAGUCAGAAUGUUUAUCGUGAUGAGACUGGGGAAACUGGUGGGAGGAGAGGCAGUCUCUCGACAAUACAAUCAUAUCAAUUAUAUACGCCAGAUGAAGAACGAACUGUGGUGAGAAAAUUCGAUAGGAAAUUGGUGGUGUUUGUUGCAUUGUUGUAUAUGUUGAGUUUCUUGGACAGAUCAAGUAUAUUCACCUCUUUCACUACCACUCUUUCAUCUGCUUCUCGUCAAUAAAAGGAGGUGAAAUCAUGCUAAAUAUUUCUUUCAUCCAGAUAUCGGGAAUGCGAAAAUAGCCGGUCUGGAACGAGAUCUACAUUUGGAUUCAAAUAAAUAUGAAUGGGUUGUCACGGCAUUUUAUAUCGCAUAUAUCUGUUUCGAAUGGAUGAGCAUAUUAUGGAAAAUAAUACCGGCGCAUAUUUAUAUAACGGUUAUCGUCCUGUCUUGGGGUGUCAUCGCAUCUCUACAAUCUAUAGCGACAUCUUUUGCGGGAUUACUUGUUCUACGCACAUUAUUGGGAAUAGGAGAAGCUGGAUUCACGGGAAUACCAUUUUAUCUAUCCUUUUUCUUCAAGAGAGAAGAAUUAGCAUUUCGAACUGGCAUUUUCCUAAGUGCUGCUCCUCUGGCAACUUCAUUUGCAAGUUCAUUAGCAUGGGGAAUCGUUAAACUUGGUGAACGUUCCCCUAUAGCACCAUGGCGACUUCUCUUCCUCGUUGAAGGAUUCCCUAGCGUUCUUGUCGCUCUUUUCGCAUGGCAUCAUAUUCCUGAUAGUCCCAACACCGCUCCCUAUCUCACCACUCGCGAAAAGAAAAUCGCACGACUACGUCUUCGUCAUGAAAUAACUUCAACUCCCAAUUCCAAAACCCAGCCAUCAUCCGGUCUCAAAAUUAAGGAAGUUCUUUUAACUCUCCGAGACCCCAAAGUUUAUCUCACGGCCCUCAUGUUUUUCUUCUCCAACAUGUCCUUCAGCAGCAUGCCUAUCUUCCUCCCCACAAUCCUAACACACAUGGGGCAUUCCCCCUCAACAUCCCAAGCCCUUUCCGCACCCCCGUACCUCCUCUCCUUCCUCUCCGUCCUCCUAACCUCCUAUCUCUCCGACAAAUUCCGCACCCGCUCCCCCUUCCUCCUCUUCCACGCCCUCCUCUCCUCUCUCGGCUACACCAUCCUCACUCUCCCACCACACCUCCUCUCCCCCACAAUCCGCUACCUAGCAAUCUACCCCGCCUGCAUAGGAUUCUUCUCCGUAAUCACCAUCCUCAUCACCUGGACCCUCAACAACCAACCCUCUUCUUCGCGUCAGGGGGCCGGUUUCGCAAUCAUGCAGAUUAUUGGUCAGUGUGGCCCGCUUGUUGGUACGAGACUUUAUCCAGAUUCUCAAGCUCCGUUUUAUCGACAGGGAAUGGGGGUUUGUGCGCUGGUUAUGAUGGUUGUGGCGAUUUUGGGGGUGGGGUUGAGAUGCUGGUUGGUGAGGGAGAAUAGGAGGGGCUGGGAGAGGUAUGAACGCGUGGGUGGGAGUGAGGAGGGGGAUGGAGAUGGGGAUGAGGAGGAGGGGAGGGGUCUUGUGAGUGAUGGGAAGAGAGUGGUUAGGGGGAGGAAUACUCCGUUUCAGUAUAUGCUUUGAGUAUCUAGAUGGGAUUUCAAUGCAGAUUUUAGAUGAAUGUAUCUGAUUGAUAUAUUUUCUUUUGCGUCCGGGUUUAUUUGCGCUUUUCUAUGAUCUCUAUAUCUAGAUACUAGAUAAGAUUACAUCUAUAGAGUGUUUAUCGUAGUAUGCGGUGCCUGCUUCUGUCUGACUUCUUUCUUAUACUCCUCAUAUUCCUGAUCUUAUUCAUCCAAAUA